AUGUUAUCGCUCCAUGUGCCAUUUCUUUACGUCCUCAGUGGCCGCACCGAAGCAUAUCCGGCCCCACAUGUGUCAGUCUCCUCGUCUGAUACGCAUCAGGCUGACACGGAAAUGCGGAUUCCCCAUCUCAUUGCGGUAACCUUGACGAGACUUCCCGAGACCGAAGCUGUAGCUUAUGGGUCGCCACCUGACAUAUGGCUGGAUUAUAGAAGGUUCCUACGAGGUAAAUGA